AUGCCACCUAAGAGUAAGAACGCGCGCGACAAGAGUGCGGUAGCAGCAGUGGAAACUCCUGUCGCGACGCCUGCAAAGAAGAGAGGCCGCCCAGCCAAAUCUCAGACAGGCGCUGUUGAAUCAACCCCAAUUACAGCCGAGCCUCCAAAGAAACGCGGUAGACCGUCCAAAGUGACGGCUGAAGAUGUCACCGUGCUCCCAGACGCGUCCGAGCCGACAAAACGCGGUCGGGGUCGCAAGCCAAACGCGUCCAAGUCGGCUGCCCUGGCCGCGACGCCCAACAAGGCCAAAGAAAAAGGCACCGAGGACGAAGUAGAAACCGUCGCCGACAUGGCAGAACCAACUCCGCGAAAACGUGGUCGUCCUCCCAAAGUAGAUGGCCUGAACCUGAAGCGUGUCGCGGGCACUGCUCGUGUAGGAAAAUGCCAGGCCGCUCAGUCCAAGUCGACCACUAUCACAACUACUACCAAGUUGCGUACCCGUCUUCCACCAGCCAGCAAGGUGUCCAAAGGAGAGCCUGCCCCACAGCCAGCCAGGCGAGGACGACCACCCAAGAAUGCAGCACAAGCCUCUGCUGCUACUGCUCUUGCGAAGAAGAAGGCGCCCAGAGGUCGCAAACCUGCUGAGGUGCCAGUCGCAAAGCCUACAAAGCCUACCAAACCUUUGGCGCCCCGCAAGAUGCGUGGUCACACUGUACGCCAGAUCCCCGACAAAUACAUUGUCCAAGUCGACCAGCUCUUGCAUGACCUCAUGCAGGCUGAUGCGGACGCCACGUCUGAGAAGCAGGUACAAGAAGAGGAGGCAAACCAGGCACAUGAUAUGGAGGUUGAGGCUGACGUCGAGGACAAUGUGGAGGACAACGUCGAUGAAGAGAACGUGGACACUGAGGACCAGGGUCCAGAAGACGCUGCACUAGACGCAGGUGCUGACUCCGAAUCCGGCCAUCAACAAAACAGUUUAGGCGACCAGUACUCGGAUGGCGUGACGGAUGACUUGGGGCAAGAUGAACCCAUCUCAGACCAGAGCAGGGAACAAGAGCAAGACUUGCAGUCCGAGGUAAAUGGCGACCUUGAUGAUCCACCCAACCACGAGGACGAAGAUGGCAUCCUUAUUCCCCAACAGGAAAUUGAUAUACCAGAUGAGGGGUAUGCAAAUGGUGCUGAAGACGGACAAUUACUGUGA